CUCGUACCAUAAUUGUACUUGCUGGAAAAAGGAAAUCGCUAAAGAUAUUUCGUUCGGAAUAAACAGCUAUCUCCGACGGUACUGUUACCGACCGGAAACUGCAUAUCCGUUUCCAUGCGAAAGCCUUGUAGAUGAAGUUCCGUCGCUUGGCAAUAUACCGUUUGAAGUUCAGUCCACCGUUUGGAUGUUCAUUCCACCGUUUGGUUUGGAUGUUUGGAUUGCAGUAUUUGGAUGUUCAUUCGCAGGCGGCAGCAAAACGAGUAUGCUCUCUGUGGAACGCCUUAGUGCCUGAUCCAGCAUCCGCUGCGGCUGUCACGGUUGAUUUUACCCAGAUCAGUGACACCUUGCCGGGGCUGUUGGAAACAGAGGGAUACCGCACUGCGUAUCUGUUACACCGCGUGGUCAGCCAGAAAACCAAAGCGUUGGCGCUGCUGCACCUGGACCACCGCACAGACUGUAUAACGGCUUUGGUUGGGUGCAUAAAAGAACUACUCGGUCUGAAACAAACAAACAUCUUUCUGAUCUCCGUCAGUUACUGCCGGAUGCCAUUUGAAAGCCGUCGAGUGGGUUGUAGCAACCCUGACGAGCCGAUUCACGGAAAAAUAUUGUUCCAACUGCUUCCACUAAAAAAGCUCUGUCGACAUCUGCGGAUCCGGCACCUAGUUAUGGAUUUUUCCUUGUGUAAUAUACGACCACGUACUUUUUUUAUGAAAAAGAUCAGGGAUGAAUGCGAAAAAACUUGCAACCUGAUGAUCGUGAUUCCCGUAAUGGACGUCGAAAACGACGAUGAAAAUGCAAACGUUAGAUCCUUUAAGCGAGCACUGGAGACAUGCUGUCCAACCGUUGACAAUGCCACCAAGAAACGUAUUAGAAAGCUGUAUACUCGCUGGCUGCGAACUAUCCCGUAUCCCAAUGAACAGUGGACUGGUUUACGACGACUACUCGAACUUUUUGGAGUGCUGGAAUGCGGUAACACUGAUGAAACGGAAGCAUGGGAAAACUUGGACUUGCGCAACUUCGACAAUAUUCCCUUUGGUAAUCUUCAGUUGUCAAUUCUUGCCCAUUUCUACGUCGACUGACUACAGCCCUUCCGUUUCUUCGACGGCAGUGGGUUCCCUUCUUUGUUGGCAGGUGUUUUGUUAAGUAGUUUUUAAUAAAUGCUUAUUGUAAUGCUGUUUUUCUUACCAAAGCUUUGACGGCAUUAAUGUGAUUUUGGCCAUACCUAAAAUUACAUAUGAAAACUGCUAGUUCAGGCAGUACAUGUCCGAUAGAGCUGUUGCAAACGAACUGAGAUGUUUUUUUAGUUUAUGAAAUGAUAACGGUUGGCAUGCAUCUAUUAUUUUUCUUUGUAGUUGAAGAAUAAGAAGGACUGGUUGCAACGAA